AUGAUUAGUUCACAAAUCAAGGAUUUGGGUAAAUUAAAGUACAUUAUUGGCUUGGAAAUCUCACAAGAAGGAAUCACCCUCUAUCAGAAGAAAUGUGCUUUAGACAUAUUAGAGGAUUAUGAUGUUUCUGGUUGCAAACCAAUUGCCUUUCCAAUAGAAUCUACUCUUAAGCUGAAAACCCAAGCCUACCUUCUAUCUGCUCCUUCCAUUCAUAGAAGACUCAUUGGCAGUUUGAUUUAUCUCACCAUUACUAGAGUAUUUAGUCCAAGUUCUCAGCUUAUUUUUCCUUCCAAAUCAAAAUUGCACCUCAAGACUUACAAUGACAGUGAUUGGGCUAGCUGUCUUGAUAUUAGACGUAGUAUUAUAGGCUUUACAACUUUCCUUG